UAAUGUCCAAUCAAUAUGUGAUUGUACCUCAAAAUUAUAGAAGCGACAGCAUGGUCAGUAUCUCACCAGCUGACAAAAGAUACUUUGAACAAGCUUAAGCCAAACAAAAAUCACCUCCAUAGUAAAUGAUAUUUGGAGGGUACUCACCAUCACCAAGUCUUCAAAAAAGUUUGAGUACACAGUUAUCAGAACAAAGUAUUGAUGAUGUAUACAUAUAUUUUGACUCAUUUAUUAGUUUGGCAGAAUGCAAAAGGAUUCAGAUACUGAGUUAGUCGUCCAAUAUAUACUAUAAUUGAGAGAUUCAGAUAAAAGAGAAUAAGCAUUAUCAGAAUUAUCAAAAAAGAGAGAAAGCUUUCCUCAUUUGGCACCCCUCUUAUGGCAUUCUGUUGGUACCAUAGCUAUAUUGUAAUAUUUUUAAAUAUUUUAGUCUCUAAGAAAUUGCAGUUGUCUAUCAACAUUUGCAACCAGCUUAACUAACACCAGCUCAGUCUUCUAGAAUCUGUAGUGUAUUGGGACUUCUUCAAUGUUUAGCUCUGCAUGUAUAAACAAGAUCCUGCUUUUUAAGAGGUAGUAUUUAAAUUUAAGUGUAGCUCAUAUUCCAUUGUUUUUAUAUCCAUUUCUAAACACUAGUAAUAAGAGUAAAGCUUUUGAAAACUUAAGAGUUACAAGUUUAGGUGUUAUAGGUGCUUUGGUGAAGGUAAAAAUAUUUUUAAAUUUUUAUAGGGAGAUGAUCCAGAGGCAAUUAAUUUUUUAAUGCAAACUGAAAUCAUUCCACUUUGUCUUAGAAUCAUGAAAAAAGGACAAGAGCUUUCGAGAACAGUAGCUACCUUUAUAGUUUAGAAAAUCCUUCUCGACGACAAUGGUCUUAAUUAUAUCUGUUAGACUCCUGAAAGAUUUUUUGCAGUCAGUCAAGUCUUACAAACUAUGAUAGAUGAUUUACAUCAAUCCUAAAAGGAUGAUUAAAGAUUAUUAAGACACAUAAUUAGAUGUUAUUUAAGACUUUCUGAAAACUAAAAGUAUUUUUCAAAUGUAAAUUUUAGAGCUGGAGAAGUACUUAAAAAAUAUUUGCCAUAAGUAUUAAAAGAUCCAACUCAAUCUUUUAUUAAAGAUGAAGUUGUAAAAAAGUGGCAUAAUAAUUUGCUUUAAAAUCUUUCGAUCAAAUGA